AUGCAAUUGAAGCACGAAGAGACCACGGGUGGCAUUGCGCCGACCCCUGACUUCGACGCUCCUCCCACCGUCGUUGGCGAGAAGACAUCCGGGCAGACUGUCCCGCUCGGUUCCAUCUUUGGCCCGACCUAUGUCACCACUCAGCUCCUCGUGCAACAGACGGCCUACAAGCUCUCGGACAAGAUCUUCUCCUUCUCCCCUGAGACGUUCAACCUCGAUGUGGCCGUGAAAGACUGGUCGCGCGCCGGCGAGAAGAACGCACACGGCGAGAAAACGACCGUCGUGCCGCUUCAAACACGCGCCGGCGCAGGAACGCUUGCCCUAGGCUACAUCUUCUCCAAGGACUUUGAUCUCAGCAAGCGACACAUUCCCCAGUCCCUCUUGGCUCCCUCGCUGAGCCUCCGCCACCUGCGGUCAGCUUUGGAUCAGCUCUCACUCCUCUAUGGCGUGGCCAGCCCAUUCGUCGCCCACGUUGCCGCUGCCGAUUACUCAGCUCAAGACGGCCUCAUCCCUGAGUAUGAGAGCGCCCUUCAGAUCGCCGAGGAUCUCGGUUUGGGUCUUGUCUCGAGCGCCUCUGCCUACGAGGCCCAGCACAUGUCGCUCCUUGCGACCCUUUUGGCUGCCUUGCUGCCUACGGUUCACGUGUAUGACGGACUCCGCGUUGCGAGAGAGACGCUGCGAGUUGUGGAUGCUCUGAGCGAGACCAGCAUCGCCGCGGUGUACAAGCGCAUCUCCGCCCAGGUUGCCACCUUGAACAAGAGGCUGGACACGGCCGGAAAGGUUGUCGAGCUUCUGCGCCUGUUUAACGACGAGCUUGGCACCGCCUAUGCCCCUUUCGAGUACCACGGCCAUCAGGCGCCCGAGCUCGUUCUCGUCGUGUUUGGCAGCAUCGAGUCGCAGCUUGCCAAGCAGGUCGUGAACACGCUGGCGGCUGAGGGCAAGAAGGUUGGUGCCGUCAAUGUCCGCAUUUACCGACCCUUUGUGGAAGAGGCCUUCCUUGAAUGCCUCCCCGAGUCGGUACGCCGGAUCGCCGUCCUGGGUCAGGUCCGCGACGCUAUGGCCGUGGAUGAUGCAUCGGUGCAGUCUGUGCUGUUUUCGGACGUUCUCACUGCCGUCUCGUUUGCCGAUCAGUGGUCCCAGGAGCCGGCUGUCGUUGAUGUCAAAUAUGCCGCGUCGACUCUCCACACGCCCAGCUCCAUCGCCUCGAUCAUCCAUAAACUCACCAGCAAAGACGGCCAGAGUGAGGUCAGCCUGAUUCUGCGGUCUCUGGAGAAGGCCCAGCAGUACACGUUCUGGGACAUCGACAACUCGGCAGCAGUUGACUCACCUUCGGCCCUCGGUAAACUGCUUGCUCGCGAAUCCCCAAGCAAUGUCUACGUCCAUGAGACAUACGACAAUCUGAUCCAAGGCGGUGUUGUCCGCACUGAUAUCAGGAGUUCCGAGAAGCCCAUCGAGGCUCCCUUCGCUGUUGAGGAGGCCGACGUCAUAUACGUUGGCGAGGAGAAGCUGCUCAAGGAUGUUGCCAUUGUGAAAGAUGUCAAGUCUGGCGGCAAGCUGAUUGUUCGGCUGCCCAACUUCAAGCCGGAAGACAUUGAGAAGCGGAUUCCUGCACCGGCAAGGAAGGAAAUCCAAGACAAGAGAGUGGGACUCUUCGUCCUCGAUUCUUCCUUCUCGCCCGCUCUGGAGAAAGAAGCCAAGCUUGUUGCCCAACUUGCAUUCUUACAGGUCGCGCGACCUGAGAUCACCCAACCGCAGCUCGCCAAGUUUGGCGAGAUUGCCCAGGAUCAGGUGGCGCUGUCAGAGUACACCGACGCUCUCAAUCAAGCUCUCCACAAGGUUGAGGUUCCCGCCAGCUGGGGCGAGGAAACAACGGAAGUCCUUCCUGUCCACGCGCUGAAGCCCACCAGCUUUGUCCCAUUCCAGAAAGAUGAGCCGGAGCCGGCACUCAAGCUGGAUAGCUGGCAAGAAGCUGCCAAGGGCCUAGUCUUCAAGGAGGCAUACGGCACUCAAAGCUCGCUGCGUCCCGACCUUAGCGUCAAGACGUUUACGAUCCACGUCAAGGAGAACCGCCGUCUAACGCCGCUCGCCUACGACCGCAACAUCUUCCACAUCGAGUUCGAUCUCGGCGACUCGGGUCUUACGUACAACAUUGGCGAGGCGCUGGGCAUCCACGCCGACAACGACCCGCAGCAGGUGCUCGAUUUCAUCGACUUUUACGGCCUCGACGCCAACGACCUCGUGCAGGUGCCGUCGCGUGAGGAUGCCAGCGUUUUCGAAACGCGCACCGUGUACCAGUCGCUCGUGCAAAACGUCGACAUUCUGGGCAAGCCGCCGAAGCGCUUCUACGAGGCGCUCGCCGAGUUCGCGACGGACGAGGCCGAGAAGAAGAAGCUCGAGUUCCUCGGCGGCAAGGAGGGCGCCGACGAGUUCAAGCAGCUCUCCGAGGUCGACACGGUCACGUACGUCGACGUGCUGCAACGGUUCCGCUCUGCGCACCCGUCCUUCCCGGACCUGGUGCGCAUCGUGGCGCCCCUCAAGCGCCGCGAGUACAGCAUCGCGUCGGCGCAGGCCGUCACCCCGACCUCGGUGGCCCUCAUGAUCGUCGUGGUCGACUGGGUCGACCCGCAGGGCCGCACCCGCUACGGGCAGGCGACGCGCUACCUGUCGCAGCUGAAACCGGGCACGCCCGUCACGGCCUCGGUCAAGCCGUCGGUCAUGAAGCUCCCCGCGCGGGACACGGCGCCGCUCAUCAUGGCUGGGUUGGGAACCGGGCUCGCCCCCUUCCGGGCGUUUGUGCAGUACCGCGCCAUGCAGAAGGCGCAGGGCAAGGAGAUUGGCGCCAUCCUCCUGUACCUGGGCAGCCGCCACCAGCGCGAGGAGUACCUGUACGGAGAGGAGUGGGAGGCGUACCUGGAUGCCGGGGUCAUCACGCUGCUGGGCGCGGCGUUUUCGCGUGACCAGCCAAAGAAGAUUUACAUCCAGGACCGCAUGCGCCAGACCAUGAAGGAUAUUGUCAAGGCGUAUAUCCGUGAUGAGGGGUCGUUCUACCUGUGCGGUCCCACAUGGCCCGUGCCUGAUGUUACGGCUGUGCUGGAGGAGGCGAUUGCUGUCGAGGCAAAGGAGAGUGGGCGUAAGGUGGAUCCGAGGAAGGAGAUUGAGCGGUUGAAGGAGGGUGGGAGGUAUGUGCUGGAGGUGUAUUGA